UCGAGGUGCCUUCGGUAAGCACCGAUGUGCUCCCAUGGAAUUUUCAAGUCCCCGACUAUAUAUUUUCUUAACAGUUAGUUUCUUUUACUGGCAGUACUAUUCAUCAGAACAGAGGGAUCUGCGCCUGCAAAAAUGGCUUUCAAUCAAGUCAAGGUAGAAGCAGAAUUGUUUCAAGCUCAGUCCCAUCUGUAUAAACACGUAUUCAAUUUCUUGAGCUCCAUGUGUCUCAAGAGUGCUCUGCAGCUGAACAUACCAGACAUAAUCCACGGCCAUGGCAGACCCAUCACCCUCCCUGAGCUGCUCUCCACUCUUCAAAUGGACCCUGCAAAAUCUUCUUAUCUCUAUAGGCUCAUGCGCAUACUGGUUCACUCUGGCUUCUGCACCACUUCCAAAGUCCCUAAAGGUGAUGGGGAAGAAGAGGGAUACAACCUCACACCUUCCUCUAGGCUCCUCCUCAAAGGCAAUAUCCCAAGCUUGUCUACUUUCGUUCAGGCAAUGUUUCAUCCAGCUAUAGUGCACUCAUCGGAAUCCUUGGGAGAUUGGUUUAUCAGUGAUGAGCCCACCCCCUUUCACACUGCACAUGGGAUGGGAUUCUGGGACUAUCUCAGCCAAAACCAGGAGUUUAACAGGCUCUUUAAUGAAGCUUUGAUUAGUGAUUCAAGUAUGAUGAAUUUAGUAAUUAAAGAUUGCAAAUCAGUCUUUGAGGGAUUCGAUUCAUUGGUUGAUGUUGGGGGUGGCAAAGGAGCUGCGUCUAGGAUCAUAUCCGAAUCACUGCCUAAUCUGUGGUGUACUGUGCUAGAUUUUCCACAUGUUGUUGAAAACUUGCAAGACAGCAGAAAUUUGAAAUUCGUUGGAGGGGAUAUGUUUCAUUCUAUUCCCACAGCAGAUGCCAUUCUUCUUAAGUUGGUUUUACACGCUUAUAGUGAUGAAGACUGCGUAAAGGUUCUCAAGAAGUGCAGGGAAGCCAUUGCAUGCAAAGGCAAAGGAGGGAAAGUGAUUAUUAUAGACAUAGUGAUUGAGAAGAAAGAUGAAGGCGAUCUGAAAGAUGCGAAGCUGUUCUUCGAUGUGUUGAUGAUGGCUGUGGUCGCUGGAAGAGAGAGAGAAGAAAAAGAAUGGGAGAAGCUGUUCCUGGAAGCUGGGUUCAGUCACUACAAGAUAACACCUAUCCUUGGUGUAAGAUCACUUAUUGAAGUUUAUCCUUGAAAUCCCUCCUCAUCAUGUCAUAUCUACUCACUUUGUAUGCUACUGUUAGUUUCUUUUCUUGCUAAGGAUAUCUUAUGAAUUUUAAUCUACUAAUAAGAUUUGUACUUCAAUGUUAA